AUGAGCCAAGAUCCUUACCAGCAAACGGCUCCCGCCCCCGCCAAGGGCGGCAGCUUCAAAGACCGAAAUUGCCCCAACAUGCGAAAUUGCUGGUCCUUCUCGUGGGAGGCCUAUAGCCUAAAGACCUCCGACAAGACGGUGCUGCUGCGGCGCAUCUGCAUGUACAUCAUCCUCGGCAUACGAACGGCCCUCUCCAUUCUGAGCAUCGCCAGCGACAUCAUCCACGGCAAUGUAGCCGGCUGGAUCAUCGGUAUUAUUCUGGCCAUUUUGGGCUUCUUCUUUAUUGCCUGGUGUCUUGCGGUCAUCGGCCAGGCGGAGGGCCGUCGCAAGGUGCUCGGGAUCAUGCUUAACCGCGUGCAUUUUGACAUCUUUCUUCUCGUCACCGCGUUCAUCCAUGCAAUCAUUCUCGUUAGCACAUUCUUUGGACUCGGUAACGCGGGGAGCUACGUCAUCUGGUUGAUACUGUGGCUGCUUAUUUUCGCUGUUGCUUGGAUUUGCAAUUGGCCCGCUGAGCCGGAGAGUAGUGUCUGA